AUCUAACCAAGACAAACAUUGACACUGACCAAAGGCCAUGGAGAGAACAGCAGUCGUCUUCGUCCUCCUCAGCUUUUGCUUCACCUCUCUGGCUUUAGAGUGCAGGUUGGUUCCAGGCAGCCUGAAGCAGCUUGAUGUUGGGAAUGGUCAAGUGUUUGGGGUCAACUCCAAUAAUCAGAUCUACACGCUGUACAGCACCAGCUGGAUCCAGGUUCCUGGAUCUCUGAAGCACGUCAGUGUGGGACCUGCUGGCGUCUGGGGAGUCGAUUCCAACAAUUACAUCUACAAACUUGGGGGAGGAGAUUGGGUUAUUGUUCCAGAUCUAAAUGCCCUCUUCUUUUCUUCCAGAAGGGCCUUCAGAUCUGGGGAUGUGACUCCAACGACUUGUGCUGGCUCCUUAAACUGGGAGCAGAUAUCUGGAGGUCUUUCCAUGAUUGAGGUUUCCACGGAUGGAAAAGUCUUCGGGGUCAGUUCGAUUGGAGAGGUCUAUCAGAGGGAUGGUGUUUCACCAAGUAACCCUACUGGCACUGGGUGGCGCCAAGUACCAUCUCCUCAGAAAAUCAAGCAUGUUUCUUACGAUAACGGCCACCUGUGGCUCAUCGGCAGAGAUGACCGCAUCAUGGACUGCACCGAAUGAAAGGGCAGAGAGCUCUAGAGCCCUGCAGUGAAGUCCAGAUCAGACACCUCAUCUCAUCUUAGAGUCUCUGAGGAUGAACAGCAGCACAAAAGUUAUGAUCUAUAAUGGUGACUGGAACUCUUUCCUGACUACGUUUCCACCUUUUCUAUUGCAUUUAACCAAAACUUUCACAUGUUGCUAGGCUGAAAAAAGAAGGUAAUAUUACGCCCAAUGCAAUAAAUGUUUACUUUCAUUAAGCAUUAAGCAAA